AACUCUGUGUGUGCGUCUGUGACUGUGAAAGAGAGAAAGAUGGAAAAGCAAGGAAAGAGAUGUCUCCGGCGGGUGGUGCUGGUACCGGCGCCGUUCCAAGGCCACAUAAACCCAAUGCUUCAGUUGGGAAGCAUUCUCCACUCCAAUGGCUUCUCUAUCACUGUCUUUCACGCCCAAUACAACUCCCCAGACCCAUCAAACCACCCAGAUUUCAGCUUUAUUCCCUUGCCAGAUUCCUCAUCUGACCACAACAUCUUAGCUGGCGAGUUAAUAGCUUUUGCAUUGGAGCUUAAUGCCAAAUGCAAAGCUCGUUUCCCAGAAUGCUUGGCUGAUGAAGUGAUGAGGCAACAGGGCUCCGACAUUAAUGGAAUCGCCUGCAUUAUCUACGACGAAUUCAUGUACUUCUCUGAAGAAACAGCAAAGGAUCUCAAUCUCCCAAGCGUCAUCUUACGCACAGCUAGUGCUUCUAGUUUUCUUACCCGUACUGCCCUUAUCAACCUAAAGGCAGAAGGCCACAUUCCCUUCCCAGAAUCUAGGUCGCAGGAUCCAGUUCCGGAGCUUUAUCCACUCAGGUUUAAGGAUCUACCUUUCUCUGUUUUUGGAAAAUUAGAUACGUUUUUGCAACUAAUAAGCAAAGGUUCCAAGAUUGAAACAUCUUCGGCCAUCAUUUAUAAUACAAUUGACUGCCUUGAAAAUUCAUCAUUAGCAAAGAUCCAACAGCAAUGUCAAGUUCCAAUCUUUCCAAUAGGCCCUAUGCAUAGGAUUGCCCUAGCCUCCUCUAGUAGCUUAUUAGAAGAGGACACUAAUUGCUUGGCAUGGCUUGAUAAGCAAAGCUGUAAAUCAGUCAUUUAUGUAAGCUUGGGAAGCGUGGUAUUCAUGGACGUCAAAGAGCUUGUUGAGAUGGCUUGGGGGCUAGCAAAUAGCAAGCAACCUUUUUUGUGGGUGGUUCGGCCAGGCUCAAUUCGUGGUGCAAAAUGGAUUGAACUACUGCCUGAAGGUUUCAAAGAAGAUAUUGGCGAGAGGGGAUACAUUGUGAAAUGGGCACCCCAAAAAGAAGUUCUGGCACAUAGUGCUGUGGGAGGGUUUUUGAGCCAUUGUGGAUGGAAUUCAACGUUGGAGAGCAUUAGCGAAGGAAUUCCAAUGAUAUGCAAACCAUGUUCCGGGGACCAAAGUGCGAAUGCAAGGUAUGUGAGCCAUGUAUGGAGAGUAGGCCUAGAAUUGGAGAGUGAGUUGGAGAGAGGUGAGAUAGAGAGAGUUGUAAGAAGACUUAUGGUGGAUGAAGAGGGGAAGGAGAUGCAAAAGAGGGGAAAGAUUUUGAAGGAGAAAUUUGAACUUUGCAUCAGAGAAGGUGGUUCUUCCAACAAUUUCUUGAAACAACUAAUAGACAUGAUCAUGUCAUUUUAAUUGCAAAGACGCCUUGAUAUAAGAAAGAGAAGGCUAAGAUGCUUUAAAACUGAGAAAAAAUAAUUCAAAGAUGCUUUGAUCAAAAGUUA